AUGGACUUUAGCCGCAUUGAGGUCGCUCACUACCAUGGUCCAAAGGAUGACGAUGAGGAGGACAAACUCGAGAGUGCUCGAGUUCCAAUUUAUGUUUAUUCACUUGUGAUGUGCGAGCUGAUGAGGAGGGCUGAUUACAUCUCUGUUUUCAUAAGGGUGAGCGUGACUGAAAUAGAAUGCGUAUUCAACCAAUUACUUGAUGAUACUCCACUGCCGGAUAACGAGGUCUCCUCAUCAGAGUUGCUGGUGGCAUAUUCUCAUGAACAGCUCCAAAGUGGUCACACACUCAUGGGAUGUCCCAGCAGGUCCUCAAUGCCUCAAGUUGAUAGGGGAUUUGUGACGCUAGUUGCUUCCGAUUAUCCAGGAAUUGAGGUUUGUGACCCAAAUGGCCAUUGGUACCUAGCUGAUGGGGUUUCAGGCCCAAAUAAUCUAUUGCUUCUGACUGGAAGGGCCCUAAGUCACGUUACCGCUGGUCUUUGCCCAAUUUCCCAGUACAGGGUCACUAAUGAAAAUAGGGCAUCACUCACCUUUAGGUUGGUCCCUCAUGCCAACGCUAUAUUGGAUUGCUCUCCAAUUUUAGCUGCUGGGCAUUGCAUACGACAGGUGUACCAACCCAUACCUGCAAGCCAAUUUAUGGAUGAUUCUUAUGCUGAAGAGCAUGCUGUUUCCAGUCACUUGGAAGAACCUUCUGAAUCUCAGGGCAACUUUGUUAGUGACCCAUCACUCAGAAGUGUCCUGUCAGACCCUCUAUCUGGGGCUUUUCUUGAAGAUGCUAUGGUUCUCCAAUGUGGGCACUCAUUUGGUGGCGUCAUGCUGAAGAAAGUCAUUGAAAUGGCUAGAUGCACCAUUUGCAAUGGAGAAGUUGACCCAUCCUCCUUGUUUCCUAAUCUUGCUUUAAGAGCAGUAGCCACGGUGGUGAAGAUGGAGGAUGACAGGAGACUGUUUCAUAACGCUGCUCUUCGGAAGCGCAGGAAAGAUGUGAUCGAGCAUACGGAUGUGCCGAAGCGGACUGGGAGUCGCAAAGACAACGGUGAGCUUGCUCUGGAUGCUGAAAGCCCGGUGGCAUUCAAGGGAGUGCAGUACCCAUUUGUAGUGGGCGAGAGGGUCCUUAUCAUGGUACACGCAACACAUUGCUCUGCUGAGAGUAAAGUGAAAUCGCAAGAGCAGUUUGUUCUGAUCACUAAACGCUUGCAGGGGAACAAAAGGACGCCUGAGAAAUUCAUCGGGAAGGAGGCGGUCAUCACGUCGCAGUGUCUGAAUGGCUGGUAUCUUGUGAAGGCGCUCGACAGCGGAGAGAGCACGCGGCUGCAGUACCGGUCGCUGAAGAAAGUGCCGGAGCUGCAACUGCAGACGCAAGCGAGGCUGCAGCCCCUGGCAUUUCUCGGAGGCAGACAGAAAUUUCUGAAACAUAGGGCUACAAACUCUAGCUGUUUUAGAGAAGGGUACAAUUGGAGUGCCGUCGACAUGGGAUUAAGGAUCUUUUCCGUAUUCCCAAGUCAGCCCUUUUUUCUGGCACAAACGAGCACAUUUCCACCGAAAAUGAUUUUUAUUUGGAAAAAGAAUCAGAAAAUAGUGGACACAAUCAAAAAGCUUAUAAUAUUUGGGAAGCCACAAAAAAUAGUUGAUGAAGUUAUACAUAACCUUGAAAAAUAG